CGGAGACCCUUAUUGUGAAGCUCGAGGCGCAGAGAUGGCGUUGGCGCAUCCUUGCUUCUCACGCACGCCGUAGCGGGAACCAAUCAAUAGUGCAUGCCGUGAGGGGCUAUGACGUCUCGAUUCCUGUUUCGUAUAGCUCCUGCCGCAGCUCCAACAGGUGACCGCAUAGCUGCCUAGCUUCUCCUCUUUAUAACUCCGCCUCGUCUCACCUACUUCCUGCUUCUCACUGUCAACUCUCCCAUCGAUCCCUCAGCACCAAUUGUUGCUGCACAGGUCCCGGAGUCCCAUCACAACAUCAAACCGCCAUCAUGAUUGAGGAAGUCUUGAAGAAGACCUCGGAGAUGUUCCCGCUGCCUACCGCGACGGCUUCGUUGCUGCCUUCGGUAGCUCCUAUCCCAACCGUUGCUCCCGGACCUGAGCCUACCUACGAGGUUGCCGGCGAUGCUGGAAUGAAGACCCUCUGGGUCGUCUUCGUUCUCAUGCUCAUCGCCUCUGCCGGUUUCACCGUCAUGUCCUGGAAGGUGCCUUUGAACAAGCGCCUCUACCAUGUCAUCACCACCAUCAUCACCCUCACCGCUGCCCUCUCUUACUUCGCCAUGGCCUCCGGCGCUGGUGUCUCGCUCAAGAAGGAGGUCGAGCGUGAGCAGCACGACCACGUUCCCGACACCUACAACGUUGUCUACCGCCAGGUCUACUGGGCCCGUUACGUCGACUGGACCAUCACUACUCCUCUCCUGCUCCUCGAUCUCGGUCUCCUUGCUGGUAUGUCCGGUGGACACAUGAUCAUGAUGAUUGUUGCCGACAUCAUCAUGGUUCUGACUGGUCUCUUCGCUGCCUUCGGUACUGAGGACACUGCCCAGAAGUGGGGCUGGUACACCAUCUCGUGCAUUGCCUUCCUCUUCGUCUUCUGGCACCUUGGUCUUAACGGUGGUGCCAACGCCCGCGCCAAGGGUGACAAGCUCCGCGGUUUCUUCAUCUCCAUCGCUGCCUACACCGCCGUCCUCUGGACUGCCUACCCCAUUGUCUGGGGUUUCGCCGAUGGUGCUCGCAAGGCCAGCGUUGACACUGAGAUCAUCGUCUACGCCGUCCUCGAUGUCCUCGCCAAGGCUGUCUUCGGAGCCUGGCUCUUGGUUGCCCACGCCAACAUGCGCGAGAGCGAUGUUGAGCUUAACGGCUUCUGGGCCAACGGUCUCAGCCGCGAGGGUGCCAUCCGCAUUGGUGAGGAUGACGGUGCUUAAAUGCCCAUCAUCAGCACAACAAUUGUCUCACUCCGUGAGCAUGUCAGCUGUGUCAUGCUUCGAGGAUAGAUUGAUUCGACAAGCAUGGUUCACCUUGACUAAGAGGGCCGGAACCAUUGACAAAGAUGGAAAAAGCGUACGCGGCAUGUUCGGCUUCUCACUGUCCUUUAGGCAGUAUCUCUCCUCAAUGAUGUAACUUUCUCAUUACCGGAGU